CCAAAGUUUUACGCGCGCUUUUUGGCAAAAUACGUCACAAGACGCGAUAAAGAAGUGUGUUUUGUGAAACAAUUUGUGAGGUUUUUGUGCAAAAGGGACAAUGCCAUCGCCACGAGGAUCGCAAACACCAAGAGGAAAUGCCACACCAAGUUCUACCAAUGGUUUCCGGACGCCUCACUACGAAGCCCCACCGAGUGAUGACCUCGAGACACCAAUGAGAAUUGGUGGGGAGAGAACUCAGAAUGGUGGUGGCCAUGAGUCUGAUGCCGUGAGUCUGGCAGCAACAUCCCCAGCUGCUUCUCACUUUGCUGGAGCGAGUCCCUUCUACGGAGGAAAUAUCGAUAUCCAGGGUAUUGAUCUGAGUUCACCGUUGAAUUAUGGCACUCCAAGCUCUUUGGGGUCAAUUCGUACGCCCGGAAUCAGGGGAACACCGAUUAGAUCGCGUCCGGACAUUCGGACCAAUCGCUACAUGCGCCAAGUGAACGUAGGAGGCAGCGAAGGAGUUGAACCUCUGUCUCAGGAUGGAGAUGCAGCCACUGAAUCAUCAGCUGCAGGUCCACAAUUGGUAAUCUGGGGCACGAAUGUCGUGGUCAAUGAGUGCAAGAAGAAAUUUAUGCGCUUCGUGAUGCGUUUCAUUGAUCCGGAAGCUGACCAGGAUGAGGUCAGUGAAGGAAUGGAUCUCAAUGAGCCACUGUAUGUUCAGAAACUAGAAGAGAUUCAUACACUCGAAGAGCCCUUUCUCAACAUCAAUUGUGCCCACUUGAAGGCAUUCGAUGAGACGCUCUAUCGUCAGUUGAUUUGCUAUCCACAGGAAGUUAUUCCAGCCUUUGACAUGGCCAUCAAUGAGAUGUUCUUUGAGAAGUUUCCAGCAGCUGUUCUUGAGCACCAAAUCCAAGUGAGACCAUUCAAUGCAGACAAGACCAGGAAUAUGCGAGCCCUCAAUCCUGAGGAUAUCGAUCAACUGCUCACAAUCCAUGGCAUGGUGAUCAGAGUUAGCAAUAUCAUUCCCGAGAUGAGGGAGGCAUUCUUCAAGUGCUUAGUGUGUUCAUUCACGACUGCCGUGGAGAUUGACCGAGGACGAAUUGCUGAGCCGAAUCUCUGUUCCAAUUGCAACACCAAUCACUGCUUCCAGCUCAUUCACAAUCGUUCGCAGUUCUCAGACAAACAACUGAUUAAGCUCCAGGAAUCCCCGGAUGACAUGGCAGCCGGUCAGACUCCACACAAUAUCCUUCUUUUUGCCCACAAUGACCUCGUGGACAAGGUUCAUCCUGGAGAUCGUGUUACAGUGACAGGAAUUUACCGUGCCAUCCCAGUUCAGGCCAAUCCACGUCAGAGAAAUGUCAAAUCCGUCUACAGGACUCACAUCGAUGUCGUGCACUUCCGCAAAGUUGACCUCAAGAGACUCUACGAGGCAGAAGAAGGGAAAGAUCACAUUUUCCCUCCAGAACGCAUAGAAUUGCUGAGGAUGCUCUCGCAGAAGCCAGAUGUUUAUGAUCGUCUGGCCAGAGCCAUUGCGCCAUCAAUCUAUGAGAACAGUGACAUCAAAAAGGGUAUCCUUCUGCAGCUUUUCGGUGGCACAAAGAAGACCCAUGUGACUUCCGGAAGGCAAAAUUUCCGUUCGGAAAUUCAUAUUCUUCUCUGUGGAGAUCCGGGUACUUCCAAAUCCCAACUUUUGCAGUAUGUCUACAAUCUUGUGCCGAGAUCUCAGUAUACGUCCGGAAAGGGCUCUUCGGCUGUCGGUUUGACAGCCUACGUCACCAAGGAUCCCGAAACCCGGCAACUUGUCCUGCAAACCGGAGCUCUUGUGCUUUCUGACAAUGGUGUCUGCUGCAUUGACGAAUUCGACAAGAUGAACGAUUCAACCAGGAGUAUUCUGCACGAAGUGAUGGAGCAGCAGACCCUCAGCAUUGCCAAGGCAGGAAUUAUUUGUCAACUGAAUGCCAGAACAUCCAUUUUGGCCGCAGCCAAUCCCUCAGAAUCCCAGUGGAACAAGAAUAAGACCAUCAUUGAGAAUGUUCAGCUACCCCAUACUCUGCUUUCGCGUUUCGAUCUCAUCUUCCUGAUCCUCGAUCCGCAGGAUGAGCUCUUCGAUCGGCGCCUGGCCACCCAUUUGGUCUCCCUCUACUACGCUACUAAUCAAGAUGAGGAGGACACCUUGUUCGACAUGAGCAUCCUCCGGGACUAUCUGGCCUAUGCCAAGGAGCACGUCCAUCCAGUUCUAUCAGAAGAAGCCCAGCAGCGCCUCAUUCACGUCUAUGUGGACAUGAGGAAGAUCGGCUCUGGACGUGGUCAGAUCAGUGCCUAUCCGAGGCAACUGGAGAGUCUUAUAAGGCUGGCAGAGGCCCAUGCUAAAGUGCGCCUCAGUGGAAGAGUGGAAGUGCAGGAUGUGGAGGAGGCUUGGCGUCUCCAUCGUGAGGCACUCAAGCAAUCCGCUACAGAUCCACUGUCAGGAAAGAUUGACGUGGGCAUCCUCACCACGGGACUGUCAAGUGCAGCGAGGAAGAAGCGUGCAGAACUCGUGGGCAGCAUUAAGGAGGCGCUGAAGAAGAAGGGCGGAGUGCCAACUGUGCCGUAUCAGAAACUCUUCACCGACAUCCGGGAAGCUUCUCAAAUUCUCAUAACACGAGAACAAUUCGAGGACGCCCUCAAGGAGUUGCAGGACGAGGGAAUAAUUGUCGUUGUGGGAAAGAACACCAUCAGAAUCUGCUAAGUUAGUCCUCUUUUUCCAUUUUUUUUUUACUUUUUAUGUUGUCUUUGAAUUGUCGGCAGUGUCCAAAUUUUUUUUGUAAGUGAAAAAAAUCUUAAAGAACAAGAAAA